AAUUGUGCCGAGAAGGCCGUGCGAAGUGUCAGGUGAUCGAUCCCGCGGACGGCCGCCGCCACCCACAACACUCCGGAACAACAAGACAACGCAGCCCACACCCGCGGAGGAGCACCACCUGAAGGCAAGAGGAAGAGUCUCGUGUCGCCUGUGUCGUGAGCCGCUGAGACACUCAUCACCACCACCACCACCAUGAGCUACAUCAAGAGUUAUGUGCUCUACGGGUUCUACCUCUACCUCCUCAUUGUGGUCGCCAUUGGCAUCGGCUACACCAUCACAGGCCAGGGUGAGAGGAUCGACUUUGGCUGGUUCCUGUCCGAGGUGUCACCUUACUUCUGGGGCUCCCUGGGCAUUGGCCUCACUGUCUCCCUGUCCGUGGUGGGGGCUGCCAUGGGCAUCCAUACCACUGGGGUGAGCAUUGUUGGUGGUGGAGUCCGGGCGCCGCGCAUCAAGACCAAGAACCUCAUCUCCGUCAUCUUCUGUGAGGCCGUCGCUAUCUACGGCCUCAUCAUUGCCAUCAUCCUGGCCGGCAUCCUGGAGGAGUACAACGAGUCCACGGCAAGCGAUGAGGUGAUGGAUCGCAACAUGUUCUCAGGCUACCUCAUGUUUGCUGCUGGACUCACGGUCGGCCUCACCAACCUCUUCUGUGGCCUGUCUGUUGGUGUUGUAGGGUCCGCUGCUGCCCUUGCUGAUGCUGCCGAUGGUUCCCUCUUUGUGCGUAUCCUCAUCGUUGAGAUCUUCGCCAGCGCCAUUGGUCUGUUCGGACUCAUCGUGGGCAUCAUGCAGACAUCUAAAGCCAAGAUGGGUGACAAGGUGUAAGUGUGCAGCAGAGAGAGAGGGCAGACGGGUGGACGAGCCAGACACACCCACAUCCUCCCCGCCCCGCCCCCACCCAAGCAUUCCACACCCAUCAAGGGGGAACACUGAACAAAUGAAAUGGAUGAUGUGGAUUGCAGCAACAGGGAAACUUGUGCAAAUUUAACAGGAUCAGAGUUACCACAACCACGACUACUACAACUACUGCUAUGUCCACUUCUGCUGCCACCAUUAUCACUGAUACUGCAGCAGCUACUAAAUACAGUAUUACUAAAAUAUACUACUAGGGGUUACAUCUUUUUUUUUUUCCAGGUACCUCUUCUCAAAAUUUAAAGUCUUUGAAAACUGACAUGUUAAUGAGUAAGGUGGUAAAGGAAGCUGUUUAUUUUGACAUUUUACUUAAUUUAUUUUAAUAAGUAAGAAAAGAUCAAUUAAGUUAAAAAUGCAAAGAAGCGAUUGUGUCAUGAGCAGAUUCAUUGCAUAGAUUAGUGCAAAAUUACUUGAUAUAAAAAUGUGACUCUGACAGUUAUCACCUGGAAAUCAAUAAACCUCCAAGAUAUAUUGCCACUCAUAUCUAGGUACCACAGGCCACUUACCAGCCCAUGACUGCUACAGAAACAUCUUAAUUUUUUGUGAUGGCAAUAGAGUUGUGUGUGUCAAGUCACUUGGUAUUACAUGCAUUUGCCUUCUCUUGCAGACCAUGCUGGGUGUUUUCUCUGAAGUUUGUGUUUAAGAACUACAUUCUCCCUCUUUUGGUUGUGAUGUUACAGUAAAAUAAUGAAGGUGAGGCGGGUGGCGGGGGAAUAAUCAUUAUAUACCGUAUAUUAUAUUUUUUUGCUGUUGUUGCUAAUCCAUUGCAUCUAUUGAGUCUGUCUGUACCAUAAUACUGAGGCACAAAUUAUUACAAUCCUAUUCUAUCCAUGCCCCAGCUGUGUGUGUGCGUGUGUGUGUGUGUAUAAAAUGAAGAACCUUAUUAGACUUUGUUUAUAAAUAGUAUAUUGUAAAGUAUGAUUUAAUUUAUUUUCAGGGUUAUCAGUAGGUAAUUGUACAGUUCUGGGCACUGCUAUGAAUACCUUACUUUACUACACUUUUAUUACCAUUACUACUACUACUACUGCUGUUACUACUACAUGCAACAAAAAUUGAAUAAGAAAAUAAAGUGCUAUCUAUUUAAAUCCUCUACCACCUAUGCCCCUUGAAAAGACAGCUAUUUUGUUAUUAUUGUCACUGAUUAUGAUGCAAAGGUUGUUGAAAAUUUAGCAUAUAUAUUUACUUACACUAUUGGUAAAGAUGGAUAUAUUAGAUAAAAUGUUAAAAACUAAAACACCAUAAUUAAAAGUGUGUGUGUGUGUGUGUGUGUGUGUGUGUGUACUUAAAUAGUGUGUCAUACCUGUAAAUACUGGACUAAGGUGAAGCUCUAUUAGUCAGCAUUCAUGGUGUCUGUUAUAUAAAAGCUGUAUCUCCGUCUCUUCAGUGAGUGACCCUUGUACAUAUAGCCAAGUCUUGAAGUGUGAGAAAAUAAACGUAUCCAUCAGGAACUAUUCAUUUUUUAUUAUUAUUGUUAUCAAAGACCAUUCAUAGUUGAACGUGAUGUAGUAUACUAGACAUAGUUAGUGCGGAAAUGUCUUAUCAUUAUUAUUAUUUUAACACUACAUUGCUAUUGUUGCAUACUGGUCUUAUAUUACAACUUAAAUUAUUAUUAUUAUUACUAUUACUACUACUGUGAGUGUUUGAUAUAGGCCUGUGUCUGUCUGUACAAACUGUUGGGUUCACCUGUAAGUGUUGUGGGAAUAAAGAGUCAAGGUGUA